GUGAUCUAGGGAAAUCUCCAGCUACACCCCGGGAAGUGUGCAGGCUUAACACAGGGUUAGCUCUUCCUCUUUCUGCACAAAAUUAGCACAUUUAAAACUCCUACGAUGUAAAUGGAAAUCACUUCCCACCUCUUCCAGUGUCUCUACGAGCAUCUUCGUUCAUCACCGUCAGAGCGCUCUGACGCGAUACGGUGACAACACCGACCGACCCGUCGGUACACUCAGCCUCCGCCCAUCGCGUGCUUCCACAGAAACACCGACUGUGCGAUGCGUGACCUGUUGACGCUCGGUGCGCAGUGCUGCGCUUCUGUGCCUGCCACAAUGGACAACUGAACAUCCAACCUCAACAUGCCUACAGUUUAUUGGAAUAAGGGAAAGCUUGCGAGUAUUUGUAUUUGUAUGCUUCAACACGCAUCCCAGGAUAUGACCCAGUCCUGGCCUUACCAGCAGCCCCCAGGGGAGGGGGGUACUCAACAUUUCCUGUACACACACUCAAAGGAGGAAAAACAGUCCAAUUUACGACACAGACAUGUGAGGGACGGUGUCUCUAUGAGGAUCCCCUCCCGUCCACUCGUGGCCCCUCACAAAUCCAUGCUUGCUGAUGACCUAAAGCUCAGCAGUGACGAGGACGACAGGGACGAGGGAAGUGAGCAAACAACAUCUUGGGCCGAUAAUGAGCGCUUGUCAGGCCAGCAGCAGCGCACACGCACACAUGGCGGACGGGUGAGACAUUCUAGCUCAGGGUCUUCGGGAUCAGACUCCUCUAGUGAGUGGGAAAGCAGCCCACGCAGGGGAUCACGCAGCCCAAGCCCAGAAACGCUCACCCAGUAUGGGUCACCAUCCCAACAGCAGAAACUAAACUGUAGCACCGAGACGGAGAGUCCACCAACCACACAGUGGCAGCUCGACAGGUGGCUUGAGAAAGUCCCCAAAAAACUGACAGACCACGACCCUGGAGGAGGACAGCGCCGGGGUCCAAAAUCGGACAGUGGCCGAGGACCAUCACCAGGAAAGUACUGGAGCAGAGACUCGGAGUCAAGACGGGAUUACAGUCCAUGUGAAAGUCCUGUCCCUAGUCCAAAAUUUGACUAUAGCCCUAGAAACAGUCCUCGUGCAAGCCCUGAAUAUAGUCCUUGCCCCAGUCCAGGAAAUAGCCUUGUGCCAAGCCCAGUGCCAAGUGUGUGCCCAAGUCCAGGAGAGAGCUUUAGAGGUAGUCGAAGUCCCAGCCCUUUACCACUGCAUCCUCCCAGAAGCCCCAGUCCAAGUCUUUCAUCCAACACAAUACCUACCCAAGAUUGUUUAACAUACCCUCAGGAUCGACCUACUCAGCCUGAAAGUCCCAGGCACAUUGCACGACCAACUGUUGCCUCCAAUACACCGCAUCGUCCCAAAGUCAGGCCAUGGGUGCCUUCGGACCAUAACACUGAACAGAGAAAGGAGUUUAGAACUAAAGACUCUAGAUCCAGAGACACUAGACCUGGUCCUCCCCAAGAACAUCAUUCCAAACACAGCUUAACAAAUAAGUCACAGAAAGACCUCCGACACAAGCCUGAAGCCAAAGGUUCUGAAUCCAUAGCCAAGCAAAAGAUUAACCCAGCUUCAAACCCAAUACCCAAGCAUCAAUCUAACUCUAGACCAAGCCCAAAACCACCUAAGCACUUACCUGAACAUAGUAUUGAACAUAAUCACAGAACAAGAGAACCUACAGGAGUUUCAAUUCGGUCAACCUCCAAAUCAGGAAAUUCAUCCCAUUUCAACACUUCAAAGAGCUCUGACCGUGGUCCCACAUCGAAAUCCAGAGACUCAUCCAGAAACGACGUGAGCAGUCGAUCCAGCCACAGCUCCAACUCUAGCUCUAAGUCUAAACCUUUCUGUGAUACCAAGCAAUCCAGUUUUAAACCAAGUUCUCAACAAAGUUCCAGCCCAAAGCCCAGGGUUAAACUCGGGGACACGCCAGUUCCCAGAACUGGGCAUUUACAAAAAGAGUCAAACCCAAGAGAGAGGGAGCCGGAGGUGGACAACCGAGGUAAAGCCCAGGGAGUGACCCUGGUGCCAACCGGCAAAGAGCAGAGACACAGGAGACUGGCGGAGGAGCAGCUAACAAGGCGCCGUUGGGUUCGGAGUUCUGAGGAAGAGGAAGACGACGAAGACAGGAGAAGAGAGGAAGGGGAACGAGAGAGGAAAAGGAGAAGGAGGAGGGAGCAUGAAGCUGAAUGGCAACCAGUGCAGCCAAAGCAAAGACCUCAUACGAAUAGCCAGCAUCAACCUUUACAGGAAAGCAACGGACUGAACCUUGAAGAGCAGAGGAGGAAGAAGAGAAGGCAGAGUAAUGAGGAAAUUUCUUUGCGUUCUCAUGUACUAGACUCCAGUCCAUCUCCUCCACUUUCUCCACCCUCCCCUACUCCUGUCAUCAAGCCCAAACAUUCAUCAUCUUCCUCAUCUUCCUCAUCUUCUUCGUCAUCUUCCUCUGAUUCAGAAUCAGAGUCUAGUCCUCCACGAAAUGUUGCCAAAGUCCCUGCAGAUUCAACAUCAAGCCAAAAGAGGCACAACAAACAGAGCACAGGUACUAGUGGUCACUCCAACAAGUCAAGCUUAAGCACCCCAGAGACAGAUAAGCGAGGUCGGGGCAGGCACAAACUCUACACCUUGGUUCCUUUCGGGCGUACUGAACAUUCUCCGACCAUCUCGCAUCGAGGCCUAAGAAAUCUGGUCGUGAGAAUAGACCUCUCGCUUCUGGCCAGAGUCCCUGAUACAAAUGAGGUUCCAGAGAAACAGUCCUCAUCUUCAUCUUUAUCAUCAGGAAAAACAAAAGAAAAGACAUCAAUGAGACAUCUGCACCAUUCAGAGCAACUGCCUAGUGAUGGCAGAAGUAAAAGAAAAGCGGAUAAUGGAGAAGCUCAGAGGGACAAUAAGAGAACUCGCACAGAAAAGCUUCCCGUCACAAUCAACAGAGAGACUGAAGAAACUUGCUCUGACAUCAAACAAAAUGGACGUCAAGAAGAUUAUUUUUACUCCAAGAGGCCUUUGUCCCCAUUAUCUCCUCCAUCUGACCUAGUAGAGCGCUCAAAGCCCUCAGUGAAAUCUCAGCAUACUGAAAAGUACCACACACCUUUAGAGAAAGACAGAGAUUCAACAACACAGAAAAUACAGGUCCAAAAAAUGCAGCCCAAGGUAGAAAAGGAGUGUGUUGGGCUUUCAGGACAUCCACAGCAUCUCUCUGGAUCCCGAGUUCCUUCUACAAACCUGCCUCUGCACUACAGAGGAACUGUACCUAUCAGUGAAGACUCUCAUCAUGCUGAGUACUACAUGCAUGAGGCCAAAAGGUUGAAACAUCGAGCAGAUGCUAUGGUGGAUAAGUUAGGUAAAGCUGUAAAUUAUGUGGAUGCUGCUUUGUCCUUUAUGGAGUGUGGGAAAGCAAUGGAAGAGGGACCACUUGAAUCCAAGUCUCCUUACGCCAUGUAUGCUGAAACUGUGGAGCUCAUCAGGUACGCAAUGAGACUCAAAAGUCAUGCAGGUCCUGGAGCCAGUCAGGAGGACAAACAGCUUGCUGUACUAUGUUUCCGCUGUCUUGCACUCCUUUAUUGGCAAAUGUUUAGACUCAAGAAGGACAACGCUUUAAAAUACUCUAAAGUCCUACUAGACUAUUUUAAGGGUUCUCCAAAAGCACCACACAAACCCCCUCCCUGGAACGAUUCUGUAAAGGGAGCUGUACCUCCUGCUUCUAUUUGUUCUGUCAAUAUAAUGGGAUCUCAUCCAGGCAGCUCACCAAGCAGUGUCAUUAGCAUUCCCCAUCGUAUCCACCAGAUGGCAGCAAACCACCUGAAUAUCACCAACAGUGUGCUGUACAGUUACGAGUACUGGGAGGUGGCUGAUACCCUGGCCAAGGAAAAUAAAGAAUUUUUUAACUAUCUGAACACACUGACUGGACCUUUGACUCUGCACAGCAGCAUGGCUCAUAUCGUCCAGUACACCAGGCAGGGGCUUCAGUGGAUCCGGAUCAGUGCUAAUCUAUCAUAACACUGUAACAGACACUCAAACAUCCCACAUCAACAACGCCAAAAUAACAAAACAUUGUACAGUUAUUUGAAGUCUGUGACCAACAGAUCUGAAUCAAGACUGCACUAAGUUAUUAUGUCAAGACUGGGAUUUAUAAGUGGACAUCUAUGACAUUCCUCACCCUACUUAGUCUCCUACUAAAGGUAUGGGAACCAUGGGUGCUUUGAAUGGCUCAACCCAAGCAUCCAGAUGACUGGCAUGUAAAGCAACAAAUCACGGUUCACAUUGUACCGUGUCAUGUUUAGGGCGGGGAGAUGUCGCCACAAUAACAGACCAGUGUGCAACUGUCAUUUACAACCGAACAAUAGCAAUCUCUUUUAGAUUCCACUAUCUGCUCCAAGCAAAACUCUUUGAUGUCUUUAAAAGACUUUAUGCUAUGAACCUCGCAUACAUCGAUCAGACGGAUUUGUGUUUUUUCCAGAUGGACCGUUACAGAACGCAACACACAUGCCUCCCCAAAAUCCUAUAUAAUUCAAUCAACCAGAGGAUGACUUUGAAGCUGCCGAAGUGUUUCCAGUUAAGUGUGCCGUAUGGAUUAUUAGACGUUCGGCCAACAGCCCAUGGGCAUGACAUCUGAGAAUACAUGCUACCAAGCAUUAAAAGUGAUAAAAUCCAAGAUCACCUUCAUGUCAAAAACAGUCAUGUUUUGUUUAUUGCAAUCAAGACGGACAAAAUGAAACAAUCUUGGCCAUCCAGUUCUUAAGUACUUGUUUUUCAAUUUUUUAUUUGCUGCAAGUUUUCUAAAGGAACUUUGCUGGCUAAUUCUUGAAAUGCUGCUUUUCCAAAAUGUGCCACAUUUUUAUAUAAGAUAUAAUAAAAAAUUCUUGUGUUUCUAUGUUUUUAAUGAGUCUUUUCAAAUCAGUACAUGGAGUAUCUUUAAAACACUCUUGAUGUGGCUGAAGUUCUUUGUACAAUAUGUCAUGUAGAUGUUAUGGUGCUGUUUUUAAAUAGUCAGCAAAAUGUCAUGUACUCAGUCUAUGCAAGACAAUUUAUGACGUUGUGAAGUUGUUGUAAAGCUUGUACUGUAAAAAGAGACAUAAUCAGGCUUUUUUAAUUAAAGUGUUUUUACUGUAGAUUGUUGCAGUGUUUGUGAUGUUGACAAUGAUGAAGUUUGUGGUCUUUAUAAAUCAAAGCAAUCCAU